AUGAUACAAAUCUGUAGCUGUUGUGUUGUCAAAGGCAUAAUCAUUAUCCGUGUGGUUUGCACAGAUGCAGAAUGCGGUGGUGUCCUAGCCCUCUUCUUCACCUGUGUUCUGGUCUGUGGAUUACAUAACUCGUUGGUUUGGUCUGGUGUUUGUUUGUCUGGUUGUUAUCUUAACCAGUGCUAUUGUGCGUUUCAUUAUUACAAAGCUACAAAAACCUCUCCUGGACACCCCCCUACUGUCAAGAGUGACAUUCGAUUUGUAUCUGUAUGCAAAAAAUGUAUUAUACCCAAACCAGCGAGAACGCACCACUGCGGUAUUUGUAACCGGUGCAUUUUAAAGAUGGACCACCACUGCCCUUGGCUUAAUAACUGUGUGGGCCAUUUUAAUCAUAGAUAUUUCUUUUCCUUCUGCCUCUUCAUGACCUUGGGUUGUGCAUAUUGCAGUAUUAGUGGGAGAAACCUGUUUUUAGAUGCCUACAAUACUCUUGAGCGCAUUAAGCAUUUGGAUAUGGAAAAACCAGGGGUUCCUGUGACUGGGAUUGGUGCUCUAAUCGGGCUUUUACCUUCAGGGCAGACAAAGUAUCAGACCCCGGCUCCUUCAUACACCUUUAUGGAUAAGAUGUUUAAUAAGUGUGUCAUCUUCAUGUGGGUUCUCACCAGCACUGUAGGUGUAACUCUGGGUGCGCUAACAUGUUGGCAUGCAGUGUUGAUAUCCAGAGGUGAAACCAGCAUUGAGAAACAUAUCAAUAGUAAAGAGCGCGAACGACACGCUCAACGUGGCCAAAUUUACCGAAAUCCCUUCAAUUAUGGAAGGCUAAAUAACUGGAAAAUAUUCCUUGGAGUGGAGAGGAAAAGUCACUGGCUGACGCGCGUUUUACUUCCCUCUGAACACUAUCCUUACAGUGAUGGUUUAACUUGGGAAAUCUACACCUGCAAAAAGGAUUUAAUUCCUGUAUGA